AUGGUAAAAUCGAUUCUUUUCCAGUUACUUAAUGGACUUCUCUAUCUCCAUUCGAAUUGGGUGUUACAUCGUGACCUGAAACCAGCGAACAUACUGGUGACUUCCAGCGGCGCAGUUAGAAUCGGUGACCUCGGACUUGCUCGAUUAUUUUAUAAGCCGCUCAACUCGCUAUUCUCCGGUGAUAAGGUCGUUGUGACAAUAUGGUAUCGCGCUCCAGAGCUACUACUUGGAAGCCGCCAUUAUACCCCGGCCGUCGAUCUAUGGGCUGUAGGGUGUAUAUUCGCCGAGCUCCUUUCUCUUCGGCCAAUAUUCAAAGGCGAGGAAGCAAAGAUGGAUAGCAAGAAGAAUGUCCCUUUCCAAAGAAAUCAAAUGCUCAAAAUAAUGGAAAUUCUGGGAAUGCCUCUAAAACAGAAUUGGCCUGGGUUAGCUUCGAUGCCCGAAUAUGGUCAACUCCAAGCCUUCGCUCUAGGCCCCGGGACAAGCCAUAUCCACAAGCCCUCCAGCUUAGAACCAUGGUAUAAUUCAUGCCUCAAAAGUGGUUCAUACUCUUCUUCGUCAGUAGCAGGAACUCCGGGGAGGGAGGGAUUCGACCUCCUUUCUCAGCUUUUGGAGUACAACCCAACAAAACGGAUUACAGCGAAGAUGGCCUUGGAACACCCCUAUUUUUCUACCGGUAGCCCGAUUACGGCGAACUGCUUUGAGGGGUUUGAAGGGAAGUACCCCAAUCGGAGGGUAAGCCAGGACGACAACGAUAUCCGUACGAGUAGUUUGCCAGGAACAAAGAGGAGUGGACUUCCAGACGAUACGUUGACAUCAAGGGCCGCAAAACGUGUCCGUGAGAUGUAA